CACAAGCUGCUCUCUGAUUGGCUGGGGCUGCACCUCCAGUUCCCCGGCAGGACCCGGCGCUUCGCCCGGAAGGCGGAUUCCGUGUUCUCGGCGCUCCAGUGGCCCGCUCGCGCCAUGGCAUCCCGGGGUCGUCGGCGGAGGCCCGAGACCGUGGUCCCGGGGGAGGCGGCCGAGACGGACUCGGAGCUCUCUGCGUCCUCGUCGGAGGAGGAGCUGUACCUGGGCCCGUCGGGCCCCACGCGCUGCCGCCCCACGGGGCUGCGGGUGGCGGGGGAGGCCGCGGAGACCGACUCGGAGCCCGAGGCCGAAGCCGCGCCGCGGGACCUGCCGCCGCUCGUGGUGCAGCGGGAGCCGGCCGGGGAGGCGUGGGGCGCCGAGGAGCCCCCGGCCGCCGCCGCCGCGCCCGCGCGCUCGCUGCUGCAGCUGCGGCUCGCCGAAAGUCAGGCGCGGCUGGACCACGACGUGGCGGCCGCAGUGAGCGGCGUGUACCGCCGCGCCGGCCGCGACGUGGCCGCCCUGACCGCGCGCCUGGCGGCCGCGCAGGCCGCGGGCUUGGCGGCGGCGCACAGCGUGCGUCUGGCGCGCGGAGACCUCUGCGCCCUGGCCGAGCGCCUGGACAUCGUGGCCGGCUGCCGCCUGCUGCCGGACAUCCGCGGCGUGCCCGGGACCGAGCCCGAGCAGGAGCCGGGGCCGCGGGCCUAGCCGGGACCCCCAGCUCCGUUGGACUGCUCUCGGGGUCAGGGGUGGGAUGGGGACGGGCCUUACAGCCCCUGGGACCUGGCUCUGGACCCUAUGAAACCCUUGCGGCCGUCCUCAGGGCGCACCCAGCGCCUUGAUUAAUUCUCUGUGCAGUUUAUUGGGGUUUGGAGAUGGGGGAGUUGAGUUCACCCCCUGUGGCUCAGCCCCUUAUGUCCAAUGUCCAGUUCCUCCCCUUAGCCUGACCUUGCUGUGGGGUUUGGAGCCUGUCACCUAGGCGAAGCUCCUGGUUAUAUGUCUGUUGGGGGGGAGGGGGAGCGAGGGAGAGGUGUCAUUCUCUGCUGCCUGGAAUUUGGUUUAUGCAGUUCAAUUUCCCACAAACUAAGCAGGACCUCAGUGCAUCUUCUUUACACCCUUCGUUCCUGCUCUGUGCCCAGCUCCAUGUGGGGACUGACUGGGAACCCGAGCCUUCGUGGCCCCUGCCUGCCUUGGCCUCCCUCUGCCAUCCCAGUGGCCUGGUCCCGCUGCCGGGCCUUCUUUCCUGGGACCCCAAGGAUUGGUUUUGUGUCUUCCAGCUUUACCCAGCCUCUAACCUGCCUGAUCCAGGGCUCCCCGUAUCCCCCUCACCCUGCUAGGCCCAGGGUGGCAUCUCCAGACCCAGGCGUGCCUUUGUCAUGCUCCAAGCUCCUGGUGUGAGGUGGGUCUCCUGCCAGCUCUCCAUGCAGAGAGUGUCAUGGGUCAGACCCUGUCCCCUGCAGCCCAUGAUGGACAGCCGACCUGGCCUGCAUGAUUCCUACCACCUCUUUGCACAGAUGGUGUUGGCCCCUGAAUGCUUGAAGAAUCCGGAUCUGCCCAGCUCCUGGCAUGGGGUCAGCCCAGUCUGCUCCUCCUACCUGCUCCCUUCUCUGUCACCAACUCUAUCCCCUCUGUUCCAUUCCCAUACUUAAUGCCCUGGCUGGGAUCCUGGGCCCCCCUGCUUCCCCCAUGAUGGUUGGGAAGAGUGCUCUAGGGUAGAACCAUUAGCGGGAGAGGAAGAAAGGGGUGGGCCAAGUGACUGUACAGCAGGUAGGGCCCUGCCUAGUGGCCAACCCAUGUUCAGCCUCUCACACGGUGUCUCCUGCCUGACCAGGAGUGAUCCCUGAGCACAGAGCCAGGAGUAGCUGCUGAGCACUGCUGGGCGUGACUCCCAAAACAAACAAAUAAAUGAAUAAUGAGUAAACAAAUAAAACUCAGAAUGUUCGCCCAAAC